CUCAGCCACAUUGACGACCUGAUACUGUCAUCAUGAAGGCCUUGAUGUUAUUGUGUUUGCUGGGCUGUGUCUGGGCAGAGACCCCAGCCAACUCGCAGUCUGAGGAGGCUCCAGCAACAUCUUCGAAGCCUAAGAGGACGGCGGUAUCCACAACCUAUGGGACUCCGGCUACACAAGGUUACUCAGGAGCGUCAUCGUACUCCGGAGGAUCACCAGGAUACACCGGAGGAUCUGUAGGAUACAGUGGAGCGAGUCUAGGAGGAUACUCCAGCCUAGGAGGCUACCCUUCUCUCGGUGGGCUAGGAGGGUACUCUUUGGGAGGUUUGAGCCACUACCCAGUUCUCGGAGGGUACGGCGGUCUAGGAGGUCUGAGCUUCGGUCAAGGCUUGAUCAUCCCCGCCCACGGAGGAUACGACCUAGGUAGUCUCUACAGCGGACUGGGAGGUCUAGGUCACGGGUACUCUCUAGGAAGCUACUCUCUGCCAGCCAACACAGGGGUCAAGGGAGGUAGUCUGUCGACGGCUUACGUCGCACCUCUGUUCCAGCCAACCCCAUCGGCUCACUCUGCCUCCUACACUCCAUCAUACUCUGCAGGAUCCUCCUACCCUGCCCAGACAUCCUACAGCACUCCUACCUCGUACUCAUCCCCUUCUUACUCAUCAGGGUCAGCUUACUCUGGAUCCUAUUCCUCACCUUCUUACUCUGGAUCUCCUGGCCUCGGAAGCUACUCUAGCCCAAGCUACGCAUCUUCUGAGCACUCCGCCCCCUCGUCUUCUUACGGUGCGCCGUCUUUCUCCCCCUCCUCCUACACUGGUGGAUCCGGAUACUCCGGUAGCUCUGGAUACUCCGGAUCUUCUGGAUACUCUGGAUCUUCUGGAUACUCAAGUGGUGCGUCUGGAUACAACUCGUACAGCCCGUCAUCUUCCUACAGCUCUCCUUCCUACAGUUCUCAUUCACCUUCCUACAGUUCUCAUUCACCUUCAUACAGCGCUCCCUCAUCAUCCUACAGCUCGCCUUCCUCAUCAUACAGCGCUCCUUCUUCAUCCUACAGCUCCCCAUCUUCAUCCUACGGCCCACCUACUCAGUCAUACUCUGGAUCGACGAAUCAUUACAACACCAUAAGCUACAGCAGUGGAGCCGGAGCUGGCUAUGUUAAGCACUAAACCAAACUGUUAUUUAAUUAUUCUUUCCCAAAACUUCAACAAGGCUAUUCAUAAAUAACUGUUAAACCAAUCAUCUUCAUUGCAUCCUCAUCAUAAUCCUCAUCAUUCCCCAUUCCUACCUCAUUUGCAUCACAUUGUAUUCAUUAUCUUUUUACUUUUAAUUUCAUUAUUCAUUCAUUAUCAUCUAAGUCACGCCACCCAUUUCAUCUUUAGGUUAAGCCAGUUGUUUAUAGUUGUAUAUUAGCGUACGUUGUUCUAUUUAUAAUCUGUUGACUCAUUUUGUAGGCUAGAAUUUAUAUUGUGAUCGUAACUAAGAGUCCUGUUAAUAAAUUAUGUUUUGUAAAAAGUGUGAAA